UUUUAUUUUAUAGUACCUACCUAUUUAAAUAAUUGCCCGUAUAAUUGUACACGGAACAUUUUUUUUGCGUUAUAAUUUCCUAGAUCCUAGUAAAAAAUGUAGAGACAUAAAAAUUAACAAAUGAUUGGUAUUGAUAAUAUGUAGUGUCGGCGAUAUGAACGUAGGGCAAUCAUGGAUAAAUAUCUCAUAAGGAUUUUACAACAUGAACAUUUUUUUUUAAUAGAUCUACAUUUAUAAUAUAUUUUUUAGGUGUAAUUGUUUACAAGUAUUAUUUUGAGUUGCCAUAGUAGUUUAACAACAUUUCUAAUUAUUAUAUUUCGAUUAAUUUGUAAUUCGGUAUUCAGUUAACAGUUUUAACUACUUAAUCUUACCAAACAAUUAUUUUAACAUGAGUUCUUUUCAAGAUAUUUUAACAGCUCAACCACAUCAUGUGUCCGGAUACACUGGAUUUGUUCCGGGCUACAUAACGUGCUUUGGUCAAAGUUAUGGAAGGACCACUCAUGGGUUAUUUUUUGACAGGACAGUGAAACGGUCAAAUGUACCGGUACUAAAUGACCUGUCAAAAUUUUAUGACGAACAAUUCAUCACGCCUGAAGAAAGGGACUUAAUUAACGAGAGAUGCAAAAAAACUCAAAAUUGCAAAUAUACUACAGAUAUAUUACCAGGCUAUGGCGGAUAUGUACCCCAGUAUCACUUCUUGUGUGGAAAAAAAUAUAGCAUUGACACAACUAAAGGACUGAAUAAUUUUGUGAAAAUACAAGAAUUAAGUUCUAGGGAAUUGGAUAAUAAAAUUGUGCCGGAUGUACUCCACAGUGAGAAUAAAUAUACACAUCCAUUCAAUAAGGACUUUGAAGCUGAAGAAUUAUUCAAAGAACAAUACACAAAAACCGUGCCGAUUCCACCUACCGAUACGAUUUAUUUUUUGGAGAACGGAAAUCCACACAAAAAAUUUAUGGCUGGUUAUGCAGGACAUGUACCAAAUUUAAUGUUUGAGUUUGGUCAGCCAUAUACACCUUCCACAGAAAAUGCACUAAACGUAUUUACAGAUGAGUAUAAAAAACAUAAAUUAUUUAUGCAUUGA